AUGUCUGAACCUCUUCGCCCCGUCGUACUCACCCUCACCGCUUGGAUGGAAGAUCGCCUGAAGGCCAUCUACAGCGCGACGACUGCAGCAGCAUUUGACGAAGCGUUCGAUGCAUUCCUCGCCAAACAUGCCCAUAUCACGGUCAAUGGGAAGCAACUCAGCCGCGAACAUUAUAAGCAGCACCUCAGGAAGGAAAAAAAUGACGAACUCUCUGCAAAGGUCACUAUUAGUGACACUGUAGAGGUUCCUGCGAACAGCGCGAAGCCUUCGAAUGCCGGGAACGUAGGUGUGUUUUUCACAGCUGCCAUCACCAACCACCUCAUCAAGACAAGCAAUGUGAACUCGUCACUGAAUGUCAUGUAUGUUGUUUCAUCUGGAGUCUUCCGUAACGGGACUUACUGA